AUGUUCGGAUACCAGUUGUUAUUGUGUUGCUUCCUGUUGUUGAUGAAGACGUCUGAUGGGCGGUAUUGCGGCGAGAAAUUGAUGGGGAAAUUGAGCUCGUUGUGUACCAACAAUUUAGACUGUACUUAUGUGGAGGUGGAUCUCAGACAGCCGACCAGUAAGUCAUAUCAAUUAUUUUCGUCUUUACAACACAAUUAUAAUACAAGACUACCUUUGAGUUAUUUAAAAACCUUCUAGAUCAGUCUUUCUUAUCAAAGCUUUAAGCAAUCCGUCUUCUUCUGCAGAAAGUCCUGUUGAUUAAAUUCCACAUGGACUUGACUAUCCAAACGACUUUGACUUUCCACAGUAUUAAAAAUCACGUCCUUCCAAACAUCGUGACCUUGUUUCGAAAAGCGUUUUUCUUUUUUUAAAUCUCUAAAUACUUGUCUAAAUAUUGCUGUUGCCAGGUUUUUUGUCGCCUACGCCUCACCAUCAAUUUCACUGAAGCAGUAAAUAAGAUUACUCAAGGAUAAUACUCAUAAAACUAAGAACUUACUGUUUUUUACAGAUAAGAGAUGCCUGUUAGGACGCAUUAUAUAACAUUUUAAUUUUUUAAUUUUGAGGUACUUCUGGCAGAAAUGAAUAAAAAUGUAAAUAUUGUGUAUCCCUUACUCCUCUGCGUCUAAGAUGUUUCUGGUUUCAUCAAAUUCCAUUUAAUUUGCAAGGAGUUACAUAAAAAAAAUUGACAACCCCUCGUCAAGUUCUGUAACUUGAUGAUUUCAGCUUUUCUUCGGUGGUGUUGUAGCCAGACCAAGUGUUCAGACGAAGAUCUCAAGAAAUAUUGCUGUGGAUUGGUCUUGAGGGCUAAGUUGAGUGGAAAUAAUGCCUAA